AUGCCACGUAAAUAUAUUAAAAAAAAUGAAAGAAAAUAUAGCAAUGCCAAAUUUGAACAAGCUAUGAACGCAAUUAAAAAUGGUCUCAGUAUUCGUCAAGCAGCAAAAGAUUUUCAUGUACCUUAUACAACUCUAUGCACACAUACAGCUGGUCAUGUCAUUUACGAGCGAAUUGGUCGACCAACUAAGUUUACAGAUGUCGAAGAGUCUCACCUUGCACAAUCAGUUUUAGCUUUGCAAGUAAAACCUGUAUCAAUCAAUGAAUUUCUAAAUUUGGCAAAGCAAUAUGCAUCUGCUCUUAACAAAGAUAAUUUAUUUCCAAGUGAUAUGCCAACAUAUGACUGGUUGCGGUCCUUUUUAUCUCGUCAUUCGAAUCUUGUACUGAAGAACUCUACUCCAAUUGACAAAAGUCGAGCAAAAGUUACUGCUAGCCAAGUGAAUGAAUGGUUCAAUUUAUUAACCAAAGUGAUUAAUGACAAUGAUUUAGCAAAUCGUCCUGGUCAGAUAUAUAAUGCUGAUGAAACAGGCUUUUCUGAUACUACUGGUUCAUCAAAAGUAUUAGUCCAUCGUGGCACAUCCAAUGCUUAUAAAAUUGAAGGAGGAACUGGAGGAAAGUCCUUUACUAGUGUUUUAAUUUGUGCGUCUGCAACUGGACAUAUAUUAGCGCCAUUUGUUGUCUAUCGUUCAAAAAGACUCUUUCAAGAAUGGUGUAUGGGCGGUCCAUUAAAUACAGGUUUUAGUAAUAGUGAUAGUGGAUGGAUGGAGAAUAAAAUUUUUUAUGAAUGGUUUCAAGAAAUGUUUUUGGAAGCCACGAAACAUUUACCUCGUCCUGUACUUCUUAUACUCGAUGGACAUAAAAGUCAUUUCACGAUAGAAACACUUGAAUUGGCUGUCAAAAACGAAGUGAUUAUCUUGUGUCUUCCUCCACAUGCUACUCACGUACUUCAACCCUUAGAUUGUGUUUUCUUUAAUCCAGUAAAAGUACAAUGGAAAACAAUUUUGAAAAAUGAAUAUCAACGUACACGUAAUAAGACCGUUGGCAAAUCUCGUUUUCCUGCACUUCUGUCACAAUUAUGGAAAACAGAUGCAAUUACAGAAAAAACUAAUAUUCUCAAGUCUUUCAUGAAAACUGGGAUUUUCCCAUUAAACCCGGCAUCCAUCGAUUGGUCAAAAAUUUUACAAGAUACAACAACAUGUGUAAAUGUCAAUAUUUCUUCACCAACUGUUACUGCUACAUGCUUUAACAAUGAGAUGAACAACUCCAAUGAUAUCUCUGCUUCUGAUGUAUCUACUGCGUCCAACAACAACCAUACCGAUGUGACUAAUCCAUCAAUCAAUGUUUCAAAUACUACUGUCACCGCCAUUUCAUCGUUUGAUUCUUCUAUUCAAGCAAUAUCGGUUCUAGAUCAAGUACUGAACGAGACAAUCUUAAGUCAUGACGACGAAGAUGAGGAUUAUCUUCCGAAUCGUUCAACUGGCACUUCAAUCGAUACCGUAACAUUGUCAUCCAAUCAACAAUCUUGUUUGCAGCAAAGUUCCACAUCUCAAGGUCAACAGCCAAUCAAAUCACGACGAAGUUAUCGAAAGAGGAAGACACGUCCAAAAAUUAUUGGCAUAGAUUCAUUAGAUGAAGAAGAUGAUACAGCAGCAAACAUUUCAUCUGCCGAAUCAUUAAAAGCUAUAACAGAUACAUUGCAAGCUGUGUUUGCACCAACACCUGAUCAGCUGCAAACUAAACCAACAAAACGAACUUUAGUUCGUCAAUCAUCUGGUCAAGUAAUGACUCAACAAAAAGUAAUUGAACAGCUUGCAAAACAAAGACAAAAAAAUUCAAAAAAAUCAUGUACUACAAGUCGAACAUCAAUGUCAAGAAAAAGUCAUAAAGUAAAUUCAAAUGCUGAAUUUCAAAGUCUGAUAAAAUUAGUUCUUAUAUUUUCAGAUUCAUCAUCUAUUGAUCCAGCUAUAACAAGUUCAAUAUCAAUCGGAUCGUCAAAUGUUGAGACGAGCCGAUAUCCAGUUUCAUAUUCAUCACUUCCAUUACCACCAAAUUUUCAAAAUGUCACAACACCACCAUUAUUUUCCUAUCCAUCUUCUGCUGCUCAAACAACUAUCUCUUCGAAUUUACCAAGUGCAAUUGGUUAUAUGCAACCCUACUACAAUCAAAACUUACUCAUAAGCUAUGAAGAGUGGCCUAAAGCAAUUAUAACAGAACAAGAACUGGGCGAAUGUCCGUACUUCAUUCGUGGCUAUUGUACAGACAAACCAGCAUGGCAUUGUAUUUUAGUUUCUUUAAGCAACGCUGCUGAAGUAGAAGCUCUCAAAGGAGAUAAAACUGUGAACUGCAAUGACCUCGGCCGCUUGAUUAAUUAUCUUGAUAAUCAAGGUAAAAUUAAAUCAAUGUCUGGCUGGGGUUUUGAUUCACCCAAAAUGAUCAAAACAUUGAUUGACAAUCAUUAUGGUAAAUAA